AAAAAUAUAUAUAUGAAAUAAAGAAAGGUUCGUCGAGGAAAUAAGAGACAGGCGACCACGGCGGCGACGACGACGUUGUCAUCUUAACAACAUCGGGUCGAGGAAAGAAAAUAGCAAGAAGUUCGCAACAAGUAUAAACACACUAUCCCCCGGUCGCGGCGCCGCGAAACUCGAUAAUUGGGUCGCAUGGCUGGCAGCAACGUCGAGUAGCGUGCGGCGUAGCGCACCGAACGUGUCGUCGACGGAAAUCGGCCUGCAACCUGCUGCAGGUUGGUGGAGCCCGUACAGCGUGUGUGUGUGUGUGUGUGUUGCAAAGCGUGACGGACGUCGUCGACUCGUCGCCGGCGCGCAUCGCGCGUCGAAAAAAAAGCCGGAUACGUGAGGAAAGAAAACACAAACGGGCGAAAAAAGAAAGAGAGAGAGAGAAGCUGGCGUUACGAGACAAGCAUGGUCCGCCGCCGCUGCCGCUACACGAUCCGCGGUCUCUUGAGCAACUUUUGAAGCACGAACGGCGACGAAGAUCCACCGCCACAACGACGACGCCAGCGCCGGAUUGCGCCCGAUAGUAAGCCGCCCGUCGCGAACCUCUUUUUAUUUUCUUUCUCAAACGUCACCGAGCGAGCGAGCGAGCGAGCGCUGGAAGACGCCAGCCAAGUACCGUUGUUUGUGUUUCCGACGCGAACCCCUUCGACAGCGCGACACGGUGUGUCACUCUCGACGACGUCCGCGUGCGAGUGCCGGCGUUUGUGCGGUUCACUUUCUGCAGAAGAGCGUUCGGGGAGGUCGUCGUCUGCAUAGCUCGCGGACGCCCGUUGGACUAGCGCUUCUUCGUUGCAUGCUACGAGGGUUCUGGGGUGCCAGCUUCGACCGAGAGAUGUGACAGCGGCCUCGGUGUCGGGCGUGGCUCGUGUGUGCGCGUGUGUGGGUGCGUGCGUGUGUUUCGGGGGCAGUGCACCGUAAGCCCCGAGGUGGACCAAGUGUGCCCCGCGCGCGCCAUGGAGCCGGACCGGCGAAGCAACGGAGGCGGCGAUAGCGGCGGCGAGGCCUCGCCGACGUCGUCGCUCCGGCGCGGCGGCAGCCGUACCCGCUCGCGCAGCUUCAACAACAGCGGCGGCACUUCGGCCAGCCCAUCCCGGAAAGAGGACUGCGGCAGCGGAUCGCGCGCUCGCGUCGCCUGCGGCGGCGCGACCACCAAGAAGGCGUACUCGCUCGAGUCCAUCCAGCGUUGCAAGCGCUGGCGACCCUGCCAGUUGCUGCGCGAGGUGUUCGCCAAGACGCCGCUGCUGUUCGGCGCGCGGCGUCACCAGCCGCACAAGGCGACGACGACCACGUCCCCGAUGACUCCGGCGUCGGAGAGCGCGACGCUGUCGUCCGAAGACAGCGGUCACGCCGAGUCGCCCGUGUCCCUGGUGUCGGUGGUGAUCGAGACGCCGCCUUCGCCUCCCGGCGGGGGUCAGUGCCCGCCGCCCAAGUCGCGGCGCUCGUGCAGCGCCGACUCGGCUGUGGAUUUCGACACGAGUGACGAGGCGCUUCUAAUGUCGCCGCUCAGUGGUGGUGACGGUGAUGGUGGUGGUGGUGGUGAUGCCAACGGAAGCAUCGUUCUCUUGGACAGCGCGACCGUCCACCGGCACUGCACUGUCCUGGUCGACGGCGGCGGCGUCGUGGUCGACGGCAACUCGCUGCAUCAGCCCCCGCACCCUCAGCACCACCUGCACCGCACCAGCCUCCCGGGAGACCGGGCCAAGCGGCCGCUGUCCCAGUGCCUAUCGCUGUCGUGCCCCGUGCUAAACACGCCCAGCGUCGUGGUGAGCGACUUCAGCAGCUGCGACGUGUCGCCCGAGAUCAUCGAGGAGGUGGACGCGGACCACUCGUCGGGGGGCGAAGCCCGCGACUACCUCUCCCUGGGCGGACGCUCGUGCAGCUCGUGCUCCCUCUCGUCGACCGUGUCCAGCGCCUCGUGGGACGACGACGCGUCGCAGAGCGAUGUCAGUGAGGCCGGCUCGGCGUGCUCGUCCAAGCCUUCAGGAUGGCGGAAAGUGCGGAAUGUCGUUCACUGGUCUCCAUUUGUCCAGACCUACAGAAAGUACAAGUACCCAUGGAUACAGCUUGCUGGGCAUCAAGGCAACUUCAGGUCAGGCACCCAGGGCACGAUUCUGAAGAAGUUGUGUGGCAAGGAGGAAUCCUGUCUGAAACAGCUCAUGAGGGACCCCUGGCUACGGGACUACGUGCCCGAGUUCAAAGGCCGUGUGGAGAUGGAGGACUGCAGCAGUUACUUGGAGCUGCAAGACCUACUUGCUGGAUUUCAGUGCCCCUGUGUUAUGGAUGUCAAAGUGGGCCUGCGCACAUACCUUGAAGAAGAGCUGGCUAAGGCUCGGGAAAAGCCCAAGCUCCGCAAGGACAUGUACGAGAAGAUGGUGGCUGUCGAUCCGGAUGAACCAACACCUGAGGAGCAUGAGCUGAAGGCAGUGACCAAGCCUCGUUACAUGAUCUGGAGGGAAACCAUCAGCUCCACGGCCAGCCUGGGAUUCCGCAUUGAGGGCAUUAAGAAUCCCGAUGGAACCUCCACAAAGGACUUUAAGACGACAAAGUCACGGGAGCAGGUCUUGAAUGCCAUUGACACAUUCACAAAAGGCUUCGACGAUGCACUAGGAAAGUACCUUCAGCGGUUACGGUCUCUGUACAACGCACUUGAGCAGUCAGAAUUCUUCUCCACUCAUGAGUUCAUCGGCAGUUCUCUGUUGUUCGUACACGAUAGAGUGGGAGCCAGUGUGUGGCUGAUUGACUUUGCCAAAACUGUGGCAGUGCCACCUGGUGUGGCCAUCACGCAUCGGCAACCCUGGGAAGUUGGCAACCAUGAGGAUGGCUACCUCAUUGGCCUCUCGAACCUCAUUGGCAUCUUCGAGGAGUUACUAGACAAUCGCUGCGGAGGCUACUCCAAGAGCCUGCCACCGGAGAUACCCGCCUAGGCCAACAACGUGCCCUCGAGUCACAGCACAGCCCUGGACCAUGUUUUGUGGUGGCCUGUGCCCAACUGUGGAGAGCCUUGUGAACUUGACUGUGAACUGGGCUACUACUAUGUGGAUGAACGUGUCAACGCCUCUGCUCCACGGGGGGCUGUCGACCGUUUUCAAUGGUGCUUGACAGUGCGAUGAUAAACUGCAGCCAAGAGUGCUCACGAAGUGCAAACUCGGUUUCCUCUAGGUGGCCUGCCAAGGUUAGUCCUGUUGCAACUUAGUGAACUCUCCAGAGAAUGAAGUGAAACGAAAUGUGGGAGAGGCCCAAGUACAGCUACUUAGAUGUCCAUGGAGGAGGGCGCCAUACUUGGCUGUGGUGAAUCCCCUUGGGUUACUGCUAACAAGUGCUCGUGAAGCCUAAGCUGACUUGCUUAGGUGGAGCUGGAAAGGAGCCUAUAAGGUGGGAUCACCCAGCGAUUUUUGCUGCUUUUGGUUAUGUUUGACCACUGGCGAGAAACCUGCCCAAACAGCACCAAGACUGCACUGCACUGCAACGCUGACUGGCUUUCUGUACUACCUAAGGCUCUGUCAGUGUAUUGAAAUGACAGCAAACGACGGCUAGCAAGGGCACCUUAACCCUGAUGUCAAGAAUGGCCCUCUCUUUGAUAAAGAGAGAGUUGUACAGAACCUUGUGGGUGAGAGCCACCAAGGAAAUGUGUGCUGUAUUCUUGCAGGGUUUGACGCACCUGGAAAAUUUGUGGUCUGUGCAAGUUGGCAAGAAUCAACACACCAAUGCAGCAGAACAUCCCUCAUACUUUGGCCAUGGCUGUACCUCCUAUUUGGUUUGCCUUAUGUGCCCUGCCAGCUGUGUGUUUAAGCAACACAUUCAAUCAAUGAAUUGUGGUCACCGUUCAAGACUACGACGUGAUCCCUCUUUUUACCAUGGCUGCCACACACCCCAAAGCCUGGCAGUUUUAGGCCUAAGGGUGGGGCAUUGCAAUAUGCUAGCACUCUUGUCAGACACAUGGGGCAGGGCCUCCUAACAAAAGAAAAGGCCCCUGAGGAUGAAGUCGACGUAAACGGUGAUCCUUUCUCAUGAGAACUAGGUUGGGCCAUGGAGUGUCAGAAAAUGCACUCUGUGCAUUAGAGCGGUUCGAGAGUGUUCGGUGACUGUGUAUCCACCUUCUUUAAAAAAAAAAAAAAAUGAAGUUGCAGUACUGAUGUGCUGCCAUUGUUAUUGUUGUCUUUUUUUAUUGAGUUUUGUAAGUUGUAAGCAGAUUUGUGCAACACGAGUGGGUGGUUAGUGUUCACGUGGAUCUGUGCGUUCAGUUGCACGUCAAAACACUACAUGCAAAUUUACUCUCUAGCAUCUCGCUCCACCCUCUCUUGUUCCUGCAGUGUUUUGUUGGUGUUGUUUGCUCUCGCACCAGUGGUGUGCAAAUGGAUGUACUGAAGGAAGCUUUAGUUGCUCAUCUGGCAGGGAGUUUAAACCUUGUAAGGUGCAUCUUCAGUUGGACCAAAUUUUUGGGCAAUGAAGAGCUUGCCCAAACUCGUUUGUGCUGAGAAAGGUGUCAAAAUUGAAGUUACCAGGCUGAAGGUUCAUAUUAGCCCUCGGCUUUUUCUGAAAAAGUGCUUUCACAAACAUAGUGCUUGCAGCAAGCUUCUUAGAACUAUUGAAUUACGUAGGUAGGAGUAAAUCUAAGGUGUGACCUGAUAAUGUAUGGUGUGACAGUCUGUAAGUAUGAUGUGGCAGGUUAGAAUGCUGGCCGUUGACUUGCUCAGGCUUGCUCGCAUCUUGCGUACAAAUUGUAAAAGCCAGCCAGUCAACAAAAGGGCCUUUCAUUGUUGGAAGAGCCAGGCUGUGCUGUUGCGGAUUGGCUGCUAUGUCAGUGUUGCAACUUUUGCAAGAUAAAUUGGAGGCAAAUUAUUUCAUGUGCUUUAACUUAAAGAAGGUAAGGCACUUUCCUAUAUUGUUAAUGAAAGUAAUGCUUUUAGAAAAGAAAAACAGCAGCGCAUCACACUUGUCUGCGUCCUGCUGACGCAUUUUUUUGUCAACUGUCUUACACCUUGCACUGAAUGAGCGCCGUGCUGUUAAUUCAAUGUUUGGAUCUGCAUGGCACUCGCAGCACACAAACAGUCAACUGUUCAUGCAGAUUUUUGGGUAAGCAAUCACAUUCUUUAACAUUCUUGGCAUAUUUUCUUUCUUGGCAUUUUCAAAGGCAUUUUUACAGUAUUCAUCAGCAACAGACUUGCACAUUGCCAUCUUUACAUGACUGCAUUGAUUUAUGACAUGUUCCUUGUAUUAUUAAUGUUUUUCUUUAUAUGGAAGUACUGCUUCUGCAAGCAGUGGCAAGUGUCGUGAAAUGUGUACAUAACUUCCACUUACUGGUGAAAAGCACACAUCUUCCCCAACGGGAAAAGCAUCCAAAAGUUUGUCACCGAGCUUUCACCACACCUGUAUCGUCGACUGUAGGCUCUUCCAAGCAAGCACUUCAUGUGGAAGCCUUGCAGAUUUAUGCUGUACUUUUAAUUCGCUGCUUUUGUGCCAUAACUAAUGCGAGUGAAAUGCAUGGACGAGGCAGAUUUGUUUUUGUCAAACAAAAGGGGGGGAAAAGUCUGAUGACUACACCAUCAAACUUAUCUUUACGCACUCUCGACUGCACCAUUGCCGUCAUGCACCUUUCUUUUUUAUUAUUGUGUGUAAAUAAGAGCAGUGUUUAUGUGUCUAUUAUUUAACGAAAGACUGGCUAGAAGUGUACAUAGAGCAAUAAGACUUGACUGUGUUUUCAUCUUGCAAUGAAGUAAAACGUGUACUGAAUGAAA